AGAGUAGGAACGCAUGAGGGACUUGAACCAGUGAAACAUUAUUAUUUUUAGUGGUAAAUUGUUUGACAAUAGAUUAUUAGUUAUAAAUAAUGGCAAACACCGGACCUCCCGAUUCGUGGGAACAGCAAGCCGAUGCCGCUGCUGACGAUAACGCAGAAGCAAACGAUAUGUCGGCAAAGUUUUUCACGUUAAACGUUAACGCAGCCGAAUUUGUGCCUUCGUUCAACUUUACACCUCCUUCACAAACUGACUCCAAGCCACCUGUAGAAACUGCUGAAAAUGCAGAAACGCCGGUGACGAAUGGAGUGCCAGCCGGUGACGUAGAAGAACCGCCUGAAGACAAGAAGCCAUCGACACCAACGGCAGCAGCAGAAGCAGCAGCGACCACACCCACCAAGGUGCCACGCCCCCAGCAGCGACCACACCAACCCAAGCGACCACGCCUCGCCCACUGUGGCCACGCCCACCGAGGACGGCGGCCACGCCAUCUCCCACUGUGGCCACGCCUACCGAUGAGGUCGUCGCCACGCCUCCGUCGCCGACUGCCGCUGCCGCGAAGUGACGUCAUCAGCACACCCUGUCGCCGUUGUCAGCGCGUCAUCGGAGGGGGCUCAGCACUUUGA